AUGGCCAGUACUAAUUCUCGCUUCUUGGCUUUGAAAUUUUGUGUGGUGAUUGGUAUUGCCAUGUUAUGCAACUUUUAUAGUGUGUCGGCACAAUGUGGAGGAACUCCUAUUGGUGAUCUGAUGAGCCAAUGCUUCCAGUUUGUCCAGCCACCCGGGCCUAAAGUUAAACCGUCGCCGGAAUGCUGCUCGGCGAUAAACGGCGCCGACGUUCCCUGCCUCUGCAAAUUUGUCACAAAGGAGAUUGAGAAAAUGGUGAGCAUGGAGAAAGUGGUAUAUGUUGCUAGGACUUGUGGAAAGGAUAUUCCAGCUGGAAUGCAAUGUGGAAGUUAUAAAGUUCCACCACCCAAGGCCUAA